AUGCGGUCGCCUGACUAUGAUGUGGCUCGCGUCGCUGCUGCUGAUGUUGGCCGUGGUCGUGGUAACGGUGGCCAGAGUGGGGGCCGCCCGCCAUCGCAUCAUCCCCAUCAUGCUUCAACCGCCACGGCGAUGCGGUUGCCGCUGGUGGCAUUCGUGCCGCAUGCACUGAGCCUCGUUGCUGGGGUAGCUCUGAACGAGAAGCGGCAGGCAGCGCCGCCGUGGUGGCCGUGGCCGCAGCUGCCGCUCGUGCAGCUGUUUCUGGGCGACAGCCGCGGUGGCGGCGCGAGCACACAUCACACUCAUUGA